AUGUCGUUGCCUUUCCAAUCACAUUGCUGGCAAUGUGUCCAACGACCAGACAAUCGCCGCGGAGACUUUUUGAUCGGUUGGGCAGAAUCAGGCGAAGCGGGCCUGAAUCAACAUGCGCAGGUAUCUGCGCUGGAAGUGGAUGAGUUGCUCCCGGCGCUUCGACGAAGGUCACCCGGAAAGUCGCUGCGUCAAUCGCUGCUGGUGGUGAAAGACACCGUCUGCUACCGACGCUUGGCCAAGUCAACGACCAAGGCUGACGCGGUCUUGGAAAUUGGCUCUUCUUUGGGUGAAUGCACACAGGUCCUGUCGCGUGCUGCUGCAGUGGUGGCUAUCGAUGUGAGCAAAGAACUCGUCGAGGAGAGCCGCCGCAGGCAUCCCAGUUGCCGCUUUGAGUGGCUCGACUGUUUUCAGGAGACUGAUCGGCUGCGAGAUUAUUGCCAGGAGCUACAGUUGCACGGACGUUUGAAGAUCUUCAUCGACAUUGGUGGAGAUCGUAGCACCCAGGAUGUCCUACAGCUCCUGUUCUUGCUUGAGGGGUUGGUCACACCAUCUCCAGUGCUGCUGGUCGUGAAAUGUGAACAGCUGGUGGAUGACCUCUUUGACUACUGCGCGCCCAAUGGCAGGCUGCAGAUGGAGGGGCCCCUGGAAACGCUGCGCGGUGCGCGAGGAAGCCGGAGCGCUCGGCAGGUGCAAAGGAUGAGGCUUCACCCUUAUUUAUACCGCUAUUUCUAUGUUGUAAUGUUUAAAUAA